AGCCGAACAAGAAACCCAGCCUCGACGCACCUCCCCUUGAGGAAAUCGAUAAAGCUUGGUUUUUGCCUUCUUUUCUUGUUCAAGAACCAGAUUUGGAGCUUAGAAUUCUCCCUCCCUAAAGCAAGGAAUUCCAGAUCUGCUCUGCGUCUUCCUCCCUAAUGGCAAUUUGUGUUAAACUCAAGGGGCUUAAAAGGGGAAAGAAAUUGGAUAAGGAUCGGGUGAUUUUUCUUCCUUCUUUCUCUCUUCAGCCGCGUGUUUCUCUUCUUCUUUCCCGUCCCCCUGCAGCCGAACAAGAAACCCAGCCUCGACGCACCUCCCCUUGAGGAAACCGAUAAAGCUUGGUUUUUGCCUUCUUUUCUUGUUCAAGAGCCAGAUUUGGAGCUUAGAAUUCUCCCUCCCUAAAGCAAGGAAUUCCAGAUCUGCUUUGCGUCUUCCUCCCUCUGCCGUCCGCGAGUUGCAGCUUGUGUGAUUUCUAGGCAGAUUUUUUGUUUGUGUGAUUGCCCUCCAGGAUCCCGUCGGCUUCCUCACCAGCCAAGCCCGGUUUCUGCAGCUGGAAAUUCUAGAAGCGAAACCAAGGAUGGGGAAACCACGGGAAGUGACGAGUUAAAAGGCUAGCUAUUUCGAGAUUGAUAUAGAUUUUAGAAAUAGAUCAUGAUCUUGUAAGUUAAACUAUAUUUUGAGAUUUUAUGAUAUCAAAGCAGAUUUUUAAUUUUAU